AUGAGUGGAAUUCCUCCCCACGGUUUGCUCGCGCUGCCGAAUGAGCUGCUGAUCCAGAUCGCAACACUUCUUGAUAUCGAGGCGCCGUCGAUUACAAAGUUUGCCCAUGAGCCGUCUGCAGAACUGACAAAGUCCGAGUCUACCCCUCUCAAAGACCUGUCUCGGGUAUCGUGGCGCUGGAGAAAGAUCGUUGUCCCAAUACUGUUCGAAUACGCUCGAAUUGCGCUCGACCCCAAUCCACAAUGGGUACCACUGGAUGCGCGCCUGAUUGAAAGUAUGCAAGGCCAGCUGUCGACUUUGAGUAAUCACGAGUUCAUGAUAUACACCAAGAUGCGCAGCAAGUUCAAGAGCAGCUCCGCUUCCGCCUUCGACCAGUCAUUCGAUGACAUACUUAUCAACCUAUGUAGAGUACAGGACGGCGAUGAGUUCUUGAGGUCUGCACCAUCGAUACUGUGGCUUCCACAUCUCAGCAAGAGCUUUACAGAUCUUGUCAAACUCGUCUCGCAGUACGAUCUCAAGCAGCAUGUCAAGAGCAUUGUAGUGCACACCGACAUAGAGUACGGAUUGCGCCAUGUUUCUACGGCCGAUGCACCACUAUCUCGAGCAGUCAUGGAGAUAUGGGAACACAUUUUCUCCUGCUUUGAGCCGACUCGCAUCGCUGUGGCAGCGCCACCAGCCACCCUGGCGGGUCUUUUGAACACACAAAUGCUAAGCUCAGACACGUGGGCGUUUGAUAUGAAAAUGCACUACAUCGAGCUUAUUCAGAACUCCCCGCCACCCCUUGGCCACAUGUCCUCCAAAUGUCGACCAUGGAACACCGCCCUCAUUCAUCGACGUCCCUGGUCGGUUCUGAGCUACAAUGAAGGGUCGUCAAUCACUGCCUACAGCACUUACGAGUACCACCUCAAACAGUCACCGAAGAUACUCUACCUCAUACUCAUGCAACUUGCCAAGGAAGUCGAAGUCUGCUGUAAUAUUACAUCUUUCAGAUUCACUGGCAUUUUUCCUUUCGCAGCGAACGUCACAAGCAUCAUUCGCGCGCUUCACCGCAUCUCUACGCUUCGCCACGUUACUUUCCAACUCGCUCCAGGACCAGAGAACAAUCUUCUGAGCCAACCGGAUCGUAUGGGUAGAGCACAGUCCGGCGACUUCUGGCUUGAAUGGACUGAGAGCUACAAGGCCGUUGCUAGCUAUCUCGGUGUGUUCGACUUCGAAGACGGCGCCGAGUUUACGAGCAAGGACUGCACAAGUAAGACUUUGACAAAGGACGUUGAAGAGAUUGUGGAGUUGUUGAAGCACAGAGGGGCUGGUUGGAGGAACAAGGAAGAUGAGGUUGGUGUGUGGGUAAGAGAUCAUGCGCUUGACGAUGAUUUCACAGCUCCCAGUGUCGAUCAGUUGACCGCCUUGACCGGAGACACCACAAUCUCAGCGUGA